GACACCAAGCUGGACGUCGCCACGCGCGACGCGGUCACGUACAACGUGGUCCACUUCGGUACGAGCAUCGAGUGCGCUCGCAGCGACGACCAGUCGCGCCAGCGAGUACCCUCGGGCCAGGACGCCCUUGCCGCCCAGAGCCGCGAGGAUGACGAUCGCCAGAAGUAUUCUGAGGCGAGUGGUCGCCCAGGCAACACGGCGGUGGACUACGCGCGGUCUUUGGCGGACGGCCUGGAGAGGACGGCCUUCGCCAAAGUAUUGCUGCAUGCCUGGCAGCAGCUCCGUUGCCUUCUCCAGGUGGGCAACGACGAGGCGCUGUCCGCGGCCAUCGGCACCUGA